GCCGCGGAGUCCCACCAAGCGGCCCGCACCUCGGCUUCCGGGAGACCCGAGCGCGGGGAGGGAGUGGGUGCCGCGAGGGGUCGGCUCGCGCGGGAAGAGCCGUCAGCCCACGGCGCCCCGGCGCUGCUGUGGAUGUGGCCACGCGCCACUCGGCCCUCGGACUGCUAGGAGAGCGCGGCCCGACGCCACCACACGCCGGGGACGCUCGGGGACCCCUGAAUCCCAGAGUCAAGGCUGCGACGAUGCCCGUGACCUCCACCGCGAAGUCACCUCCGCAAGGCGACGCAAGGACCUCGGCGAGCCCGGGCGCCGUACACCCGGCACUUUCCAGCCCGAUGUGACCCCCCUCCGCUGCUUCCUCCCCGCUGUUUGCUUUUCUGGAACCGGAAGCCGCGGAGGCGCUCGCUCUGGCGGUCAAGUCUGGGCGACCCGCGCGGAGGAGGGUCGGGCUCACUGCCGCCGCGGAGCUGUCCCCGGACGGGAGCGCCUGUCCCCGGCACUCACCCCCUCCAGCGGCGGAAAUGGGGAGCAGUAAGUGGGAGGCGGUGUCGGGAGCUGACUCCUCUUAAAACGGUCGGCGCCGCUGCUCUGAAAUGGGCGGCUCAGUGCUUGUGGGACUAAGGGCGGCCUGAGAGAUGCCCGGAAAACCGCUGCCACGGCCCGUGCGCGGCGCAGACGCGGCCGAGUUGGAGGCGUCCGCGGUGCGGGCUGCUGCCCACGCGGCUCAGGCCAGGUGCUGAGGGCUCAGUCGCGCCUCGGCCGAACCACUCGUCCGCCCGGCUUUCGUCGCUCCGGCCAGAGGAAAGUUCCCGCGGCCCCCACGCCUCUUCACAGCUGCUGCGCCUCCCCUGCUUUUGGCUCCGCAAGUGCCCACUUGAGUCGGGAGAGGUCCUCAGGCCGCCCCGACUGCCCGCCCCACCUGGCAGCCCCUCCCCGCCCCCUCGUUCCCCGCCCCCAAACCACAGCCCGAGCUCGCUCUUGCGCGCGCGCUCUCUCGGGCCCAAGUGAAUAGUCCUCGCGCGAGCGGGACACUGUGGUGGAUGCAAUUCCGCUCGCCUCCAGCCGCGAGGAGCUCCCCGGCGCCGCAGGCAGCGUCCUCCUCCGAAGCAGCUGCACCUGCACCUGGGCAGCCUGGACCCUCGUGCCCUGUUCCCGGGACCUCGCGCGGGGGGCGCCCCGGGACACCCCCUGCGGGCCGGGUGGAGGAGGAAGAGGAGGAGGAGGAAGAAGACGUGGACAAGGACCCCCAUCCUACCCAGAACACCUGCCCGCGCUGCCGCCACUUCUCUUUAAGGGAGAGGAAAAGAGAGCCUAGGAGAACCAUGGGGGGCUGCGAAGUCCGGGAAUUUCUUUUGCAAUUUGGUUUCUUCUUGCCUCUGCUGACAGCGUGGCCAGGCGACUGCAGUCAGGUCUCCAACAACCAAGUUGUGUUGCUUGAUACAACAACUGUGCUGGGAGAGCUAGGAUGGAAAACAUAUCCAUUAAAUGGGUGGGAUGCCAUCACUGAAAUGGAUGAACAUAAUAGGCCCAUUCACACAUACCAGGUAUGUAAUGUAAUGGAACCAAACCAAAACAACUGGCUUCGUACAAACUGGAUCUCCCGUGAUGCAGCUCAGAAAAUUUAUGUGGAAAUGAAAUUCACACUAAGGGAUUGUAACAGCAUCCCAUGGGUCUUGGGGACUUGCAAAGAAACAUUUAAUCUGUUUUAUACGGAAUCAGAUGAGUCCCAUGGAAUUAAAUUCAAGCCAAACCAGUAUAUAAAGAUCGACACAAUUGCUGCUGAUGAGAGUUUUACCCAGAUGGAUUUGGGUGAUCGCAUCCUCAAACUCAACACUGAAAUUCGUGAGGUGGGGCCUAUAGAAAGGAAAGGAUUUUAUCUGGCUUUUCAGGACAUUGGGGCAUGCAUUGCCCUGGUUUCAGUCCGUGUUUUCUACAAGAAGUGCCCCUUCACUGUUCGUAACUUGGCCAUGUUUCCUGAUACCAUUCCAAGGGUUGAUUCCUCCUCUUUGGUUGAAGUACGGGGUUCUUGUGUGAAGAGUGCUGAAGAGCGUGACACUCCUAAACUGUAUUGUGGAGCUGAUGGAGAUUGGCUGGUUCCUCUUGGAAGGUGCAUCUGCAGUACAGGAUAUGAAGAAAUUGAGGGUUCUUGCCAUGCUUGCAGACCAGGAUUCUAUAAAGCUUUUGCUGGGAACACAAAAUGUUCUAAAUGCCCUCCACACAGUUUAACAUACAUGGAAGCAACUUCUGUCUGUCAGUGUGAAAAGGGUUAUUUCCGAGCUGCAAAAGACCCACCUUCUAUGGCAUGUACCAGGCCACCUUCAGCUCCUAGGAAUGUGGUUUUUAACAUCAAUGAAACAGCCCUUAUUUUGGAAUGGAGCCCACCAAGUGACACAGGAGGGAGAAAAGACCUCACAUACAGUGUAAUCUGUAAGAAAUGUGGCUUAGACACCAGCCAGUGUGAGGACUGUGGUGGAGGACUCCGCUUCAUCCCAAGACAUACGGGCCUGAUCAACAAUUCCGUGAUAGUACUUGACUUUGUGUCUCACGUGAAUUACACCUUUGAAAUAGAAGCAAUGAAUGGAGUUUCUGAGUUGAGUUUUUCUCCCAAGCCAUUCACAGCUAUUACAGUGACCACGGAUCAGGAUGCACCUUCCCUGAUAGGUGUGGUAAGGAAGGACUGGGCAUCCCAAAAUAGCAUUGCCCUAUCAUGGCAAGCACCUGCUUUUUCCAAUGGAGCCAUUCUGGACUACGAGAUCAAGUACUAUGAGAAAGAACAUGAGCAGCUGACCUACUCUUCCACAAGGUCCAAGGCCCCCAGUGUCAUCAUCACAGGUCUCAAGCCAGCCACCAAGUAUGUAUUUCACAUCCGAGUGAGAACUGCGACAGGAUACAGUGGCUACAGUCAGAAAUUUGAAUUUGAAACGGGAGAUGAAACUUCUGACAUGGCAGCAGAACAAGGACAGAUUCUCGUGAUAGCCACCGCCGCUGUUGGCGGAUUCACUCUCCUCGUCAUCCUCACUUUAUUCUUCUUGAUCACUGGGAGAUGUCAGUGGUACAUAAAAGCCAAGAUGAAGUCAGAAGAGAAGAGAAGAAACCACUUACAGAAUGGGCAUUUACGCUUCCCCGGAAUUAAAACUUACAUUGAUCCAGAUACAUAUGAAGACCCAUCCCUAGCAGUCCAUGAAUUUGCAAAGGAGAUUGAUCCCUCAAGAAUUCGUAUUGAGAGAGUCAUUGGGGCAGGUGAAUUUGGAGAAGUCUGUAGUGGACGUUUGAAGACACCAGGGAAAAGAGAGAUCCCAGUUGCUAUUAAAACUUUGAAAGGUGGCCACAUGGAUCGGCAAAGAAGAGAUUUUCUAAGGGAAGCUAGUAUCAUGGGCCAGUUUGACCAUCCAAAUAUCAUUCGCCUAGAAGGUGUUGUCACAAAAAGAUCCUUCCCGGCCAUUGGGGUGGAGGCGUUUUGCCCCAGCUUCCUGAGGGCAGGGUUUUUAAAUAGCAUCCAGGCCCCGCAUCCAGUGCCAGGGGGAGGAUCUUUGCCCCCCAGGAUUCCUGCUGGCAGACCAGUAAUGAUUGUGGUGGAAUAUAUGGAGAAUGGAUCCCUAGACUCCUUUUUGCGGAAGCAUGAUGGCCACUUCACAGUCAUCCAGUUGGUCGGAAUGCUCCGAGGCAUUGCGUCAGGCAUGAAGUAUCUUUCUGAUAUGGGUUAUGUUCAUCGAGACCUAGCGGCUCGGAAUAUACUGGUCAAUAGCAACUUAGUAUGCAAAGUUUCUGAUUUUGGUCUCUCCAGAGUGCUGGAAGAUGAUCCAGAAGCUGCUUAUACGACAACUGGUGGAAAAAUCCCCAUAAGAUGGACAGCCCCAGAAGCCAUUGCCUACAGAAAAUUCUCCUCAGCAAGUGAUGCAUGGAGCUAUGGCAUUGUCAUGUGGGAGGUCAUGUCCUAUGGAGAGAGACCUUAUUGGGAAAUGUCUAACCAAGAUGUCAUUCUGUCCAUUGAAGAAGGGUACAGACUUCCAGCUCCCAUGGGCUGUCCAGCAUCUCUACACCAACUGAUGCUCCAUUGCUGGCAGAAGGAGAGAAAUCACAGACCAAAAUUUACUGACAUUGUCAGCUUCCUUGACAAACUGAUCCGAAAUCCCAGUGCCCUUCACACCCUGGUGGAGGACAUCCUUGUAAUGCCAGAGUCCCCUGGUGAAGUUCCGGAAUAUCCUUUGUUUGUCACAGUUGGUGACUGGCUAGAUUCUAUAAAGAUGGGGCAAUACAAGAAUAACUUCGUGGCAGCAGGGUUUACAACUUUUGACCUGAUUUCAAGAAUGAGCAUUGAUGACAUUAGAAGAAUUGGAGUCAUACUCAUUGGACACCAGAGACGAAUAGUCAGCAGCAUACAGACUUUACGUUUACACAUGAUGCACAUACAGGAGAAGGGAUUUCAUGUAUGAAAGUACCACAAGCACCUGUGUUUUGUGCCUCAGCAUUUCUAAAAUGAACGAUAUCCUCUCUACUACUCUCUCUUCUGAUUCUCCAAACAUCACUUCACAAACUGCAGUCUUCUGUUCAGACUAUAGGCACACACCUUAUGUUUAUACUUCCAACCAGGAUUUUAAAAUCAUGCUACAUAAAUCCGCUCUGAAUAACCUGCAAAUAAAACCCUGGCCCACUGCAGAUUAUCGCUACGCAAUGGUAAAUAACUCAGCAUGGAUGUGUAAUUUUGUAUAAGCCGUAUAUGGGAAGUGUUCACGGACUUAACCUAAAGAAAUUUAUCCAGGUGGGGCUUCCUUAGUGAUGUAUGUAGAGUGUGAUGGUAGAUGAGAAAGAACUAGUUGACCUUUCUUUCAUGUUUUGUGAUCAAGUAGCUUCCAAACUGACACAAAUGUUUCAUUUUUAGAUAAUUAUAUUCAGCUCUAUUGGUUGUAUUGUUACUUUAUUUUUUAAUACUUUAACUGUUGGUGCCUAAUAUUGUUAGAAUUAUUUGCAGAAAUGAUCAGUGAUAUCAUGUAAUGAAUUUUUGUGAGGUAUGACUAUGGUGAGAAGGGGUUAUUAGGGAGGGAGAAAAAAAUACUGUGUUUAUAAAUCUUCUGAGGCUGGGUUUGUCAAUUUUUUAAAAAUUAACUUUAUAAUGUCAUACAUAUUUCAUAGUAGGUGGUAGUUUAAAGGCUUUUCACCUCUACUUUUAUUUAUUUAUUUAUUUAUUUAUUUUUACUAACUGUAGUAUAUUUCUCUACUACCUUAUGAAGACCGCUCCUGGAAAGACCAAGGGUGACUUCAUUGAUCUAGUGGCUUUCAUAGAGAAAAGCUUGGGAUAAAUCCAUGACUAUUUCCUUUGUGCAUUGUCACAAGUUUGCAAAAGCAAUUAUCAAAGCACUGAGAAAAUUAGUCAUUCUCAGUAGAAUUGCUUUGAAUAAAAUACGUUAGAUUAUACCCUUAGAUUUAAUGUAAAAUUAUUAAUUUAAUUUAAACAGAACUUUAUGAUAGAUACAGGGUGGCACAAGAAAAUAAACAGACUUAGCUGAUCAUUUGGUAUUGGUGCAUUUUGCAAUUGAAGCGUUCUUAUGUUUUCUUUGCAAAAAUAGUUACAUGAACAUGCUGAGCUCUUUUCCACACCUUCUAAGAAAUAAGUAUGAAUACUCCAAAGAGCAUAUAAACAGAUCUUACACAUGAGCAUAGUGUGUCAACCUGGGUCCAAUGUACAGUUACAUAAAAUUGAGAACACAGCUGUGUUGUUGUCAUAAUCUUCUGAAAGGCUUAAAAAACAAAGGUAAACAUAUAUUUUAAGUGAUUGAAGCUGAGUUGGCUUAUCAAAAUAGUGCUAUAUCUUAUGAACAAAUUAAAUUAUAAAAUCAGCUGCUCCCUGUAAAACUAAAAAAAUGACGACUGUUUUAGGUGGAAGAGUAAGUAAAAUGUGUUGAGAGAAAAACACAGAGUAGGUUGUCUAAAAAUGCUGAUUUAAUAAAUUAGCUUUUGUUGGAUCUCAGUGAUAAUGGUGCCCUACCUACCCACAUUCUCAAAUUCCUAUCUAAAUUCAUUUUUUGUCAUAGUAGUGGUUUGUUUUUUUUUAAAUAAAGGAAACUGCUUUUGUUUUUGUUGUUUGUUUGGUUUUGAGACGGAGGCGUUUUGCUCUUGUUGCCCAGGCUGGACUGCAAUGGCGCGAUCUUGGCUCACGGCAACCUCUGCCUCCCGGGUUCAAGCGAUUCUCCUGCCUCAGCCACCCGAGUAGCUGGGAUUACAGGUGCCUGCCACCACUCCCGGCUAAUUUUUGUAUUUUUAGUAGAGACGGGGUUUCACCAUGUUGGCCAGGCUGCUCGAACUCCUGGCCUCAGGUGAUCUGCCUGCCUCAGCCUCUCAAAGUGCUGAGAUUACAGGUGUGAACCACUGCUCCUGGCCAUUUUUUCUUAUAUUUAGAUUUUGUUGAUUGUCCCAUUAUACUAGACCCUUCUACAUAUUUUCUUUUGCUGACUUAUCUCCUGAUUUUUCCCUACCACAGCUUAAUCCUUCUCAUUUCAAAACAAAUGUGUAAAGCAAAGCUAGAAGGAAGAGUCUUUAGAUGUUUCUUAAAAUAUACAAAAAAAGGUAGGGGGCGAUGGGAAAAUCAUCACUUUUUAAGUAAGUGUGCCAGAUAUAGCUAGCUACAUUUUCCAGCCAUCAACCUGCAUGGUUGUGCAUCACUCAUAGACUGUCUGCAGUUUGCUUGAUACAUUUACACAAAUCUGGAUACAUUUAGAAGAAAUAUAAAAUUUCCAUAUUUACGUAUCUUCAAAUAUAUAUUAAAUAAGAACGGAUGUAAAACAGAUUAAAUUUAUUAAUCAUAUAUUUAUUUUUAUAAUACAAAAAAGGUAUUUAGGAAAACAAGGAAUAGAAUAAUAUGGUCUUCCACAGGACUCUGUCGGCACCAUCUGUGUACCUUGAAAUAAAUUCUAUUAAGUUAUUUAAACUUCUAUGGGAUGAGCAUUCAGUGAUUACAAGGUUAAAGUUGUCGAUUAAGAAUUUUUUCUUUUAAAAUGUCUGAUGAUCCUAUUCUACAUCUGGUUAAUUUGUACUUAUUUUUUCUUUCCCUAACAUCUUUUUAUAGUAUCAUAAAAGUACCUUUUUGCUUUGUCUCUCAUCCCAUGUCUCCUUCAAAAUUCCUUUUAAAUUAUAAUUUUAUUUUUCAGAAUGGUGAGCAUGAUAAUCUUAAAUGUAACUUUGAACUUCAUUAUGGUUAUGGCAAGAUUGAAACAUGUGUGCAAGAUUAAACAGAAACAUUAAAAUAUAAGGAUAUCUAUUUACUGCCUACCAGUCAUGGACCCCAUGAUCCCAGGAAUAUUAUAAUAUUCAGGAAUAUUAACAGUUAAAAUGCCAAAUUCAUCUGAAAAUUUUACAUGAAACAUUUUGAGACUUACUAGUUUACAUUUUAGGUAAUUACAUCUGUUUAAUAUGCAAAGCAUAAAACUUAAUUAUAAAAAGAAAAUAAGUAACUUCCAUAAAUCACAAGUCUUCAGGAAUAAUCUCUGAUACCUAAAAUAUGCAUAUAGACUCAUAUACCUACUUUAUUUUAAACGUCUUGAUCUAUGCUACUGAGGGGGUAUUCUGGAUUUUAAAACCAGACAGUCAAAAAAUCAUUUUCAUUUUAUUUCUAGAUGGUCAAUUUUCAGUCUAUGGUGAACUCAUUAUCUCAUAGUAGAAGGCAUAUUUGGAAAAAAUGUGAAAACAAUGUACAAUCAAGGAGAGAGAUAAAGUAUUUAAAUCAUUUUAAAAAGCAAUCAAAUUGCAAAAUUUUUGUGGUUUAACACGAAUCAAGAAUUAUAGCACUUUUGCAAUGAGUUAUAACUGGUGAUAAAUGUUCUACAUUCCAUAUGAAAAUAAGACAUCUUAUUUCACUCUGCAUUCGUCUUUAAAAUCUAUCAAAGUAUAACCUGAAUAAAACUGCCUUCCAGCAACAGCUUUAAAACCUAUCUCAGCCCAUGAAUGGAAAACAAAUCCAAAUCCGAUCCUUGAAAAGCAAAGGCUCUAAAGAAGCUCUUCAGAAGAGAUGGUAAAGAAUGAAUUAUUUUACUUAUCACCCAACCACAUUUCUUAAAAAUGUGUUUUGGUGUCUCUUCCUACCAAAUUUCUGCUCUACAAGGCAGUCAGUUAAAUCUCUCAUUUCAUAAUUUUCACUGUACUAGUUCUUUCUUUUCUCCUCUUUUAUUAAAUUUUCUAAAACUUUCUCAGCCCUGUUUUUAAUUCCCCCAUCCUCUCUCUUUAUUCCUUUCUCAGCUUCUAUCACGCCACACAUUAUCUCAAUCAGCAUAAAAAAGGUAGCACAACAAAUCUAAAAAGAUUGUGUAGAUUUCCUUAGAAGCGGCUUGGGGCAGGGGGAUGUUGCAAAAGCUAUAAUAUUUUGGGUUCUAUCACAUAAUUGAGAACAUUUGUAAUCACAGAGGAUAUGGGUUCUGGCUUUUCCUUAACUUGAAAUCAAGUUUUUUGGAAAGUAAUUUUGAAAUGGAUGAUGAUGAUCGUUUCAAUUGCUUUAACUAAGGAAGUUUAUUAUUAAUAUUUUUAAAAAUUAGUAUUUUAAGAUCAAUAUCUGUUAUUAUAAACUCACAAUUGGUGUCCACGUCUCUAUAUAUCAAAGAGAUUUGAAGCAUAUGUAUCACUUCUUUUAGUAUGAGCAUCUUAACUUUUCCAAUCUCAAAUUCUGUGAAGUAGAAGAGAUUCAUAUUACUUUACAUUCAAUCAACAAAUAUUUUAAUAUUUUUUAAUAUGAAGACUCCAAAAGGUAGAAGAGUUCACUGGGUUAAAUGGAUGGUAUUCUUCCACCAGAAUAUAAGAUACUGAAGUCACCUAACUUUUGGUUUUUAUAAGCAAUAUUUUCAACAAUUUUUCAAUCUUUGUAAUGUUCUGCAAAGACAGUAUAGAUUUUAUCUAGUUCAGCUUAACAAAUAUCUAUGGAAUAUCUCCUAUAUGCACAAAAUUUUACUACAAAGAUAAGUUUGGCUGUGCUGUCAUUGCUUUCAAGUAACUCUCAUUAUUAAAAUUUAGAGCUUUAUUUGCUAUGUUUGCUAUGGUUGCCGUGUCACCGGGGAAUAGCACUUUCCAUAGAAUAUAAAGAAAUAAAUAGGAUCUUCAUCCAGUGUGAAUUGGAUUUGCAAUUCCAAUUCAAAUGGAAAGAAAUAUUUUGGACCUCAAAUUCUCAUAGUAUUCUUCCAAAACACUCCAUAAUCCCUCUGGCAGGGGGGAGCAUACUUCCUGGGUUCUCUAAAACAGUUUCUCUCGUUAACAGUUGAUCCUCUUCAAGAGUCACAGAUUUUUAUUGUCUGAUAGCAUAGCUAUCAGUUCGUAUAUGGAUUCACUACCUCAAAGGUGCCUCCUGUUAGAAAACAUUAGCUUUUUUUUCAAGAGCAAUUCUGGAGUAAUCUCUUGUUCAAGCUUAUUCACUCAUUCUAGUAAACAUAAUAAUAGGUAUGACCUGCAAUGGUAGCAUAAAAUCCUUUUAAAUUCCAUCCAUUUAACAGGGGAAAUAGAAGAUUACUCCUGACUAUAACAUAUUACUAAGUGAAAUGAUAGAAAUAUCUUAUAUUGUGUAAAAGUAAACACUCCAUCUAUUUCUUACUGUUAAAAAAAAAAUACUGAUGAGAUGUAGCAAAGAUUUCUCAGGAUAAAAAUUAACUUUUUUUGUUAUAAGUGGAUGUGUCAUAAUAUACAUGUAUUCUUGGAAAAAAAUUAAAAGAUCCAGAAAAAGAUACAGGUCAUCAAAAUGUAGUUUUAACAAAUCAUCUUUCUCCGAGUAAUAAAUUAGCUUCAAAUUAACAAUGAGUUUGUAGAAAAUGUAUAAAAAAUAACAUUUAUAUCUUUUUUUUUUGAGAUGGAGUUUCCCUCUUGUUGCCCAGGCUGGAGUGCAAUGGUGCAAUCUUGGCUCACCACAACCUCCGCUUCCCAGGUUCAAGCAAUUCUCCUGCCUCAGCCUCCCGAGUAGCUAGGAUUACAGGCAUGCGCCACCACCCCCAGCCUAUUUUGUAUUUUUAGUAGAGACGGGGUUUCUCCAUGUUGGUUAGGCUGGUCUCAAACUCCCGACCUCAGAUGAUCUGCCCGCCUCAGCCUCCCAAAGUGGUGGGAUUACAGGCGUGAGCCACUGUGCUCAGGGAGAAGAUUUAUAGCUUAAUGGAAAGACUUGGAUUCUUUGCUCUUAAUUCGAAAGAGUUUUUGUUUUAUUAGCAUUUACUUUUUGAGAUUUUACAGUAUAUUUGGAACUUCUUUAGGUAGCCAGUGGCAAUCCAAAAUUACAUUUUAAAAUGAAAAAAAGAGAAAACUUUUCAAUUACUAAGGCAGGCAAAGCACUAGGAAAUAAAUAAACUUUACCUUUUAAAAAGGAAUCUGUCAACUGCAAAGUUUGUAUAUCUCAGUGACAUCAAGUGAUUUUUGCACUGUCCCAUUGAAAGCAAAGUUUCCUUUAUUUAUUUGUUUAUUUAUUUUUGAGACGGAGUCUUGCUCUGUCGCCCAGGCUGGAGUGCAGUGGCACGAUCUCGGCUCACUGCUAACUCCGCCUCCCGGGUUCACGCCCUUCUCCUGCCUCAGUCUCCCGAGUAGCUGGAACUACAGGCGCCCGCCACCACGCCCGGCUAAUUUUUUAUAUUUUUAGUAGAGACAGAGUUUCACCGUGUUAGCCAGGAUGGUCUCGAUCUCCUGACCCCGUGAUCCACCCGCCUCGGCCUCCCAAAGUGCUGGGAUUACAGGCUUGAGCCGCCGCGCCCGGCCACAAAGUUUUCUUUUAAACAAAACAUGGAAAAGUUCUUGCUUGAACCUUCACACUGAUUAAUCAAAGUAACAAAUCUCUACAUCAUUAAGAGAACUUUUGAUUUGUUUCAUUAUAGAGAAAGUCUCAAAGAAUUCCAUUACCCCUAGACACAACUAAUUCAUUCCUAAGAAUAAAAAAGGUAUUAAAGAAAAAUCACUUGACAGAUGAGGAGGAAAAAUAGCUCUUAAAUGUUAAAAAAAAAAAAAGAUGUGGCUCCUAUAUUUAAUUAAAAAAUAAGGUAUAAAUUAACAACACAAUCUUCUCAGGAGUUGUAAACUAGAAAAGUAUCAGAAUUAGUGAAAAUCUUCCCUCAAGUAAAACUGUUCUUACUUGUAUUUUCUGCAUUAUUUGUGACCUCUGGCCAUUUUUAAUUUGUCAUAAUAAACUCAUUUUUGGUUAGAUAAUAAGUUAUAAUCUCAACAAAUCAGAACAACUGAGAUACAAGUAUAGAUAGGGUGCUCUACAAAAUAAUAAAAGGAGGACAACUCUAAUUCAGGAUUCCUAUUUAGUUAGUAACAGGGUCUCCAUCUCAUUAUCGCCCACUGAAGUGAGAACUAUCUUUAUCCCAAAAUAAUACAUUAUUGUAGAGAAAACUCCAAGGAUAUAAGAAUCAUUUUUCAUAUAUUCCAUUCAAUUGGUAUAUUUAGGUAUUAGUAACUGAGGAUAGAUAUCUUUGUUUCAUGAGUUAAAUAUGAGCUUACAUGAGAAGCAAAUUGAUGUGAACAUUUCUCUACAAGUUUUUCCACAUUUGUAGCUCAUCCUUAGAACAGUCUUAAUUUGGCUCUGUUCUAUAAACACUCAAUAUCAUUUAAUUUUUCAAAAUCAUGAUAGGGAGAAGAAUGCUAAUUUGUAAAGAUAGGCAAACACUACACUUUUAAGAUUUUUACCGUAUGUAAAAUGUCCUCUUCCACUGCUUUUAUAAUUAAAAAUCUCUUUUCUACCUUUAGUAAUUUGUAGGAUGAACUGUAUGCAUUUAGAUAGAAAUUGCUUUUGUUAAAUUUACAUUUAAACACAUCUUCAUUCACUUAGAGAAGCCAUAAUAUAAUUCUUCAUAUUCGUUUAUUUUUCAAAGUAGUAACUUUUGCUAUCUUUAGAAUUCUCGUCGACCCAGUAAUAUAAUUAUUAAAGUCAUGAGGAAGUUUUUCUUUGACUGUGCAUGCUUUAUUUAUUACCAUAUUGUUUUUGUCUUCAGAAUAAGUCUGCUCAAAAUUGUAGCCUUUAGAAGCUCUAUAACAAAAAUCAAUGGCCAAUAACUUGCUAACAAACUUGUAACUGAACAAGCUAUUUUUUUCUGUCAAUGUGAUUGAUAUGCUCAUUGUUAAAUAUAACUUGUUUAAAUAUCCGUUGGUAUAUUAUCAAGAGCUAUUAUUGCAAUAACCUCGAAGUAUCUUUAAGACAAUGCUGAAUAUCAUAUACAGUUAAUAAACAAUGAUUGGGGCUUUUCAAAAUUGCUGCUCUGCAUGGAAAGUAAGGUUUAAUGUGUAUAAAUGUUUGUCAUUGAAGUUUGGAAUUUAUUUUAAUAUACUCUUUCUUCCCAUGCUAGAUAUGUCUUCAAAGAAAAAUGUAUUAAUAUAUUCAUGCUAUGCAAAAAUAUCAUUUUGUUCUUACCAAAAAAAUGUAGCUUUGAUAAAAUUUUUUGGUUUUUAGGCCUCUUAGAGUAAAAAAAAAUCAAAAUGUGAAAUGGGAGCAUUUUGGGGAGGGAGCAGGACACAAUAUCUGAGCAGUGUUAACAAAUAUGAACAUGAGUAACACUUGAUAUAAAGAUUAUGGUGUGUGCUUGAUUUUGGAUACAUUAUUAUUCAUUUUGUUAAUCACAUUCCACCCUGGACUGUGACAUUGAAAAACAUUGAAUAUAUACAGGAUAUAAAUAUCUUUGGGAUAUUUUACAUAAAUUAUACUUAUUUUUAAUUUUGUGUACAGUGAAAACUUUGACAGUUUAAUUUUGAAUUUUGAAGGAAUAAUUUUUAACAGUCUUUGUUUCUUAAAAUGUUAAUUAUGGUAUACCUGCUAUAGUAACCUCAUUUGUUUAAAAAAUCAGAGGCAAAGCAAGAAUGCAGAACAUGGCAACAGACUAAGUUCCACCAAAAUUAAGGAAAACACUAAAAGGUAAUACAGUACAAAGAGGAGUUUGUUUUAAAGUUGUUACUUACCUCAUUUUAAAAACUGUUAGAAAAGAGUGAAUAAAAAGUAUGUCACAGUACUCUUAUUGGUAAUUUUGAAACUAAAGUGUAUUUCAAGGAGGGGAAUCUCUAAUAUAAAUGAGUACACUAAUAGUUGUUAAAAUAUGUAUUGAUAUAUAAAAUUAGAAAGAAAUGUCAUCAAAAUAUCAAAAAUAGGAAAAAGUUAAUUUUAAAAAUGUUUUGUAAUAGAACAAGUCAUCAAAAUUCUUAACGUUUCCAUAUUAUUAAUCCUUUGUUUUCCAAGACAUAUAUAAUCAAAGAAUUUGCCAAAAAAUUCAAAUAAUAAUACAUUGAAUAUUGGACUGCCAUAGCACUUUAAACAUAUUAAUAAAUUAUCCCAUGGAUAAUAAAGAGAUUUUUUUCCGGCCAUCAUUAAAUAUAAAAAUAGUAUAUAUCAAGAUGCAUAAAAAAGGAACUUACUUGAUAUCUUCUUUUAGCAUCAAUUUGUCUUUUUAAGCAGUUAUAUUAAUUUUACACAUACUCUUAAAUGCUUAAAAACAUAGUACUUACAUAUUAAUUUUAUGUGAUAUAAUAUAUUUUGAUCUCUAAAUGCUUAUAUUCUUUCAAGAAGAUUGCCUUCUCUUUCCAGUUGUUUUAAGUAUUUUUAAAAAGAGCCAUUGUAUUUUUUGUAUUUCCAUUCGGUCUCAUUAUGCUUGAAAGUUUCCAACUCUCAAAGAAGUUGAAACCAAGUGUCAUAGCACACUGGCUAGAAGUUAUUCUUUUUGAAGUUAUUCUUCUUUUAUUUAAUGUUAGUCUGAUAUCCCCUAAAAUUUGCUAGAGAAAGCAAACUCUUCCCAUGAAUGGAAAUACAAAAUGAAAAUUCUCCACUGGAUGUUAUAAAU